UUUCCCGGAUCCGCGCGAGCGGGGCCGCGGAGCGCUCUGCUGCCGGGCGGAAAGCUACAAAGAAAACUGACAAACCCAGGCCAGAGGAGAAGGAUGACCUAGAUGUAACAGAGAUGAGUAAUGAGGAUCUUCAAGAGCAACUUGUGAAGUAUGGACUAAAUCCUGGCCCAAUUGUAGCUACUACUAGGAAACUUUAUGAGAAAAAACUGUUGAAACUGAUGGAGCAAGGUCCAGAACUGAAGACACCUGUGUCUCUCCCAGUGAUUUCUUCAACUGCUGAGAGCACCAGAGAGAAUGGAAAUAAUGAUUCUGACCAGUACAGUGAUAAUGAAGAAGAUCCAAAGACUGAGCUGAGGCUUGAGCAGAGAGAACCACUGAAAGCCAGGAUGAAGACCCCAGUAGCACUCAAACAAAGAAGAGUUGUUGAACACAACCAGACCUAUUCUCAAGAUGAAGUUACUGAGACUGUCUGGACAAGUGGAUCUUCAAAAAGUGGACCUCUGCAGGCAUUUUCUAGGGAGUCUACAAGAGUGUCAAGAAGAACACCAAGGAAAAGGGUGGAAGCUACAGCACAGUUGCCUGUAGAUGAUGCUGUAAUAUCAGAGAGUACUCCCAUAACUGAAACUAUAUUGACUGCCAGCAACGAGACCCUAGUUGUCAAUAGGGCGCCUGGAAAUUUCAAGCAUGCAUCUCCUACGCUGUCAGUCAGUGAACUCUCAGACACGCCCAGAAGAACACCAAAGAAACCACUGCUGACAGCUGAACAAGAAGAGACAGAUUGCCUGCAUCAGUGUUUUUUUAAUCAUGUUGGCCACAACCAAUCCUGUGAUCUGCUCAAUACAGCCAUGAUCAAGGAAACUGAGGAGAGCACUGAAUAUUUUAUUAAGACACCAAGAGUGACCAGACAGCUGCCACUAAAAAAGGUGCUGGAGAGAACUACAGAAGAACGAAGAGUAGAAAGGGAUAUUCUUAAGGAAAUGUUCCCUUACGAAGUAUCAACACCUACAGGAAUUAGUGCUAGCUGCCGUAGACCAAUCAAAGGAGCUGCUAGCCGGCCUAUAGAGCACAGUGACUUCAGAAUGGAUGAAAGUUUCUCUAAGUACGUUCCAAAAUAUGGCACCUCAACUGACAUCAAGUUGGAGAAGCCACCAACAAAAAAAGAACGCUCAGUCCCCCUGUGGAUAAAAGUUCUUCUCUUUUUUAUUGUUUCAGUCUUCUUGUUUUUGGUUUAUCAGUCUAUGGAGACUAAUCAAGGAAAUCCUUUCUCUAAAUAUAUGAAUAUUGUCUCUCCAGGCAGUGCCAAAUGAGUAUCUUUCUGAAAGGCACACCCAAUUUGAUCUCCUGUUUUUAAUUGUAGAGAACUCUUCUGCCCUCUCAUUGGCUCAAGGACUUCUUAACAAACAAUGUGAUUGGAACCUGAUAAAUUGGAUAAAUGAAGAAAGAUAAUAUUAAAUGGACACCGGUAACUUUCUGAACUUUGGACUAGUAGAUCACUUUGCCAUAGGAGUAACGUUUUUUUAGAUCUUUGAAUUUUUUGUAGGCUUUAUUUUUUUAAUGUGGACAUCCUUUUAAAUUCAUUUUUGAGAAACUGUAUAUUUGUUUUUGCAAGAACUUGGAAGCUGAGAAGGGCAAAAAUGUAGUAAAAUGUGAAGCUGUGGGGUUUUUUAAAGCUUUUCCUUUGUACAGAAAAGAAGUUGUACUUUUGUCUCUAGAUUAUUGUGCAGGAUUUUAACACAGGUGAUAAAGGGAAAUGCAUUUUUGUAUGCAUUUUUGAAGUAACAAUGUAACUGAAUUUGAUCUCUUAGGAUGUAGGGAGAGUACAACAACAACAACUUUUUCUGUAGGUUACUGUAACUUUUUAGUAAAUGUAACUGUAAACCUGUUUGCAUUUCUGUAAAAGUCUUAGUAUCAUAUUAGUAACUCUGUUUAAGCGUUAACAUCAUUUAAAUGUAUCCCUUCAUUUUAGUGCUUACAGUGUUGUAGGAGCUGAAUACAAAUCUAAUUGGCAAGAGAUGUCUUAGAGAAACUUAUUUAUUAGUAAUAUGCGUGGAAAAAUAAAAAUUGCAUCAAUAUAAUUUGCUACUAAAACACUUUUUUGGGUCAAGUUUUUUUUUUUUUUUUUUUUUUUUCUUUUUUAAAAAAGCGAGGUCUUUCCAACACAGCUUUAUGUGAUUAUCUUUGAAUAUUCAUGUAGAGAAGUAUUCUCAAAGUGUGAAAAUUCCAUAUGAAGUUUUAUUCUUGUAUGAAGAGGGCAUUGCUGCAUUUUCUGCUACAGUUUCAUCUUCUAAGGUGAGAUUUACUACUUUCAUGCAGCUGAAUAUUUUUCUCAGUGGAAGCAUGCUGAAACUCUAUAUUGUAUAACUUAGUUGAGCAGGCAGCUGACUUCACUACUACCAAUGAAGAGUGAUAAGCAACAGGUUUUUUAAAGUGAAUGUAUACAUUUUGGUGCGCUUAAAUCUGCAGCAUACAGGUGUUCAGUCUUACUGCUUGGUACAAAAUUGCAAUAAAUCAUAUUACUUAUUCUUAAAGUGCUACUUAUAAAAAGCUGAGAACGUUAAUAGUCAUUAUCUUUUUACUCUAGGUACAACUGUUGUGUAGACUAUAGCUAUGGGGAAGCUUUACUUUCUGUGAACUUUGGGACAAACAUGGUAAUUCAUAGCAAAGCAAUAGUGGGGGGGGUUCUGUUUAGAUUAAUGUUUUUUUUUUUUCCUUUUUAUCUGCUUUUUUGAGUAAUCCAAAUAGCUAAAGUUGUGUCCAUCCUAUAGAAAAUUGUAACAUAAGACAUUCACUUUUGGUGUCAAAAUGCAGAAAAAUAAGAAUGAUUUUAAUGUGUGUGGAUUUUCCUUAUCAAAAUAAAUGCAUUGCUGAAAAGCAGCAAAAGCAAGACAGCUGAUGUAUCAGUGGUGUCAUUUUGUGCUGCUACAGUCUUCCAUGUUU